GAGAGAGAAAGGACGGAGCAAAGAUGCCGGCGGGUCAUGGUCUUCGUGCACGAACACGUGAUCUUUUCUCGCGUGGGUUCAGGAAGAAGGGGACGAUCCCUUUGUCGACGUACCUGAAGAUCUACCACAUCGGAGACUAUGUCGACGUCAAGGUGAACGGUGCUGUCCACAAGGGUAUGCCCCACAAGUUCUACCAUGGCCGUACUGGUCGUGUCUGGAACGUCACCAAGCGCGCCAUCGGUGUCGAAGUAAACAAGCAGGUUGGCAACAGGAUCAUCAAGAAGAGGAUCCAUGUUCGUGUGGAGCAUGUUCAGCCUUCCCGGUGCACAGAAGAAUUUAAGCUGAGGAAGAAGAAAAAUGAUCAAUUGAAAGCUGAUGCAAAGGCUCGAGGUGAGAUCGUCAGCACAAAGAGGCGGCCAGAGGGCCCCAAACCAGGUUUCAUGGUUGAGGGUGCAACUCUGGAGACUGUAACGCCAAUUCCAUAUGACGUGGUCAAUGAUCUCAAGGGUGGUUAUUAAUCAGCUUUUUCUGGAUUAGUCUUGUUUGGUUUAUGUGUUGUGAACGUCUGAAAACGGAUUUGUUAAUCUUUACAAGUGGUCCACUGUAGACCUUUUUUUGGGCGAUGUUUUGUUUUGCAAUUAGUAGUGAAACUUGGUUACUGAAAUAUUGAAUCCAAUGAAUCUAGAGAUUCUCUAUAAAAUUGUCAUUUGUGUUCCCUUUUUUUCCCCAAUGUCAGGAAAAAAAGUUGUGCAGAGGUUUGAGCAUUCUCCUAGAAUCAUCAUCAUCCAUGCCAUAAAGCAUGACGAAACAUUGUAGCUACUGUUGUUUGUGUUGUUGGAUUUUUGUUCAAAGAGGUUG